AUGAGUGCAAAGUACGCUAUAUGCUUGACAUGACAGUUGCUUUACAGCGAAAUAGUCUAAGAUCCUAAUUAGAAGCGUCUUUCACCCAUCUGUUUAAUGGAUGAAAAUUAUUUUAUAUUAAAUUUAUUAUGUUAAAAAUAUAUCGCAGGUGAUUUGGCUAAAAAAUUCCUGGCAAGACUGAUUAAUUAAAAAUUGAAAAAUGACUUUUUAAAUGUUGCUUUAAUAACUUUAGUACCAACCGAAAGUAUGAAGAUUAUAGAAUAUCCAAAUGUUGGGUUGUUUUUUUUUCUGGGCUAAAUACUGGGGUGGCAGGUAUAAACAGCUAUCAGUUAUUUGCACCGAUUUGUUUAAUAAAUAAAUCUUUUACCAAAAUAGACACGAUCAUCAUCACGAUCACAAAAACCUAGCUGGAAUGGUGAUUGUUAGGUUUUUAAGAGUGAAUUAUUGUGAUGUGAAUGGAAACUGGCAACAAAGUGGUACGAGCUACAUAUCCCGUGCGUUAGAAGAAAACGCAUGUAAGGGAUUUUGUUGUGAUUAAUAUAGAAAAACUCAGCACACAAAGUUGUUUUAAAUGAUUUAUUGAGCAGUUGAGCAAUGAAUAAAAUAAUAUUGUAACACCCUGUAUAGUGCGGUAGGUCACAGCUGUGUCACGUGUUGUCAGAUAGAAGGUACAUAUUUCAACUCCUUUGCUUAAAUCUAAAUCGGAUCUUCUACCAAAAAUUGCUUGUGAAAGGCGUUAGCAUUUGAAUCUUCGUUGAUGCCCGUAAAUGCUAUACAUGUUUGAACUUUUGGUGUAGGAGAGCUGAAUAGCCAAGUAUGUCAGAGUGCCGUGCUACUGAUACGUCGGCUAGACGGGCUGCGGGUUCGAAUCCCGCCUUCGGAAAUGACAUUCCGAGCCAUGGAUGUAAUGGUGAUGGUCAUAUGAAUUGUCCGGCUUAUAUGGGUACAUUUCAAAUCAAUUAAAAUUAAGUGAAACAACCAGCUUCAAGCCAGACUACCUGGGUCACUUCAGUUAAGCUAGUUGAUUGUGCAAAAAGUGCACCAAUAAAUGAUGAAAGAAUGAUUGAAUUUUCCUCGAUCCUUGAAAAAAAAUUGAAAACACUCAAUAUACUUUUUAAUUGAUAUUCCACCGAAAUAAAAAUUUUUGAGCAUGCCCCAUUUGAUUUGACUGGCACAAGCCACAUCAACUUCGAUUCACAAACGUACAUCUGAACUUGCGUUCGACCUAAAUAUGGGUUUUGAGGCGCGAAUCUCUUAUAGAUAUAUUCUGCUUUUCACAGUCAGGACAUGUAAAUAUAGUUUUAUUAGCGAUUGUAAAAUCGAGGGUCUGAACAGGGUGACCUAUUUAAUUUUGGGCGAAGUUAGAUGUAAAAAGACAAUCCAUCACAAUUAUUAUGUUCUAAAUAGUUUGGUUUUGCAACAGAUGUGAUUUGUUCCGAUUUCCAUAUUUACAGGGUGUUAUGAUAUAUUUACAGAGAUGCCCAUGCAGCAAAAAUUCAGGCUGGUAGUCCCUGAGAGGUCCUGAAAGUAAUUUAAUACCUAAAACUUAGUCCUAGGUCCUAAAAAUAUUUUGUCCAUCGAUGAUGUCGAAAAAUCCGAUUUGUUUCAAAUUACAUCACCAAAAAACAAUGAUUUAUUUUUUCAAUUUUACUUUAGCAACACAGUAGACUAGUUGACAGUGCAAGUAGGUCUUGAGUAGUUAUAUUUGUUUUAUUGGUCCAAAAAAAAAUUUUUCAUCAGACCUAAAAGACCGUAACGCUUUAAUUUUAAAAUAUAUAUUUCUUAGACAGGCGAAAACGCUGUCCGUCAUGUUUGCCCUUAUUGAUGUAGUCUGACGUCAUAUCACUUGUAAACAGCGGCUGACAGCAACAUAACCUCUCAACAUGUAAACAUGACUAUCAUUAUAUCAGAGCACUGUACUUACGUAGAAGUCUUGGUGUUCCUCAGCAGAAAUCUGGGUUGAAGGUGGAAAAAUUCCAAUUUCAAUGAAACGAGAAAUCGAUGGCUCCUUGAUUAGGAGUUUGUUAGAAAUACAACGUUAGUCCACGAAUGACAUUUCUUUGUUUACAAUUUGUAUGACGUCACUUCAUGGCCGAUAGUUUUUUCACCGCUUCGUAUUAAAAAUAAUAAAUAUAUUUUUUUGAAUUGAACUUAUGUAUCGAUCUUGCACUUUUAAAAAUUGAAAUCGAUAUUAGUUUUCCUAUGCCUAAUACUGUAAGAAAUACUCAUUUAUUCUAUGACAUUAGGUAUGAGUUACAUAACUAUUCUGUGGGAGUGAUAUUGUGUAGUGUUAUUCAAUACAAAGGAAAAGACUUUGUAAUGUUUCUCAAAGGGACCGUCAUAUUUGCCAAUUCAUCAAAGUGAUAAUCGUAUACUGCCAUAUUUUCCAUGAGAAAAUGUUCCCGGAAUUCGAAAAAAAGAUGUGUGCCCAGGUAAAAAACUAAUUGAUGAACUAUCGAGUCAUGAUCGCGUCAGCCUGUAAAGUAGGAGUACUUGAUGUUGCUAAACCAAGCUACUGAUUACUUGUGGAUGUUUUAUUUAAUUGACUGAUAUAGCUUUAUGACUUAUUAAGCAUUUAUCGUUUAAUUUAGGGUUAGUUUGGGGUUGGAGCUUUUGCCUCUCUGUAUAAAAAUAUAUUAUCCGAAAUAUAUGUUAUAGAAAUACAAAUGCUCUUUAUUGUUUAUUGUUAGAUAUUUGUGCAUAUUUGUAUCGUAUGGAAAUAAUAUAUAGUUUUUAC